ACUAGCUAGUCUAAAUUUGAUGUUGGAAAGUACACCAAGUGGUUUGAUAUAAAUAAAGAAAACAAUCAAGAACCAUUUAGGGUUAAAAUGAAAUCAAUGAAAUCCCAUGAUGAGCGCAUAAGAAAAAUACUUGAAAAAGCAAAAGAAUUGUCAGAAAAUCAAGUUGCUGUUACAGAAACUAGUAAUAUGGACACAGACGUAAAAACUUUUUUGACUAAGUGGGAGAAUUUGUAUGCAACGUUAUCCGAACGAUUGACUGAAAUAAUUGAUGUCAUUAAUCGAACACCGCCUAAAAAAUACAUUAAGGCAGUCACCAAUCUGAUAUCGUUUAUAUUAAUCAUUACAUUAUUAAAUGUGGAAAGUGUUCUAUUGUCAGAACAUAUAAUUAUAUUAGACGAGAAAAUUAUGGAAGAGCAAAUAAAAAGAUUUAAAGAUACAAAAAGCUCGUUAAAAAAACAGGAAGAAACUUUCAAAUAUGUUAACUCUACUGGACAAGAUUUAAUAGCGAAAAUAAAUGAUAAUUCUUCAGGACAGCGACUUAAAGAUGAAUUGCAAGAUGUAAAUACUAAAUGGAGUAAUAUUCUUAUCAUUUUGGAAGAGGAACAACAGACUCUUACCAAAAAUAUCACAAUUUUGCAAACGUUUACUGAACUUUUUACUCUUGAAUCUUGGUUGGAAAAAUCGUUAUUGUAUCUAGAAAAUUUAUCUAAAGAUAUUAUGGAUAAUGUCAAAAAAAUAGAGCAUAAAUUAGAGCAAAUUCGUUUGUUUUCUCGAAAAAUAGAUAAAACAAAACCGCAAUUAGAAGCACUUCGAUUAUUAGCAAAUAGAAUAUUCGAAAAAUCUGAACCUAAUUUUGCAAGCCUGUUAAACAGCAAAUUGGAAGUAGUAACAUAUAAAUGGAACACAAUUGUUAACAAAGCUAAAAGUUUAAACGACAAAUAUAAGAGUACUUUAAAGAAAAAUGAUAACAUUAUUAAUAGUAUAGAAGAUUUUACAAAGUGGCUGUCAAGUUUAGAAAAGGAGAUACCAAUAGAGUCAAUAACAUCUUCAGUUGAGCUGUUUCAAGUUCGUGGUCGAUAUCAAGCGCUGAAAGACAACAUUGACAAACGAGUGGAAGAAUUUAGAAACUUGAACAAAAUGGGAAAUGAUAAACUAUUAAGUUCAGAAGGAUCAUCCGUUCAAGAACUUGGUAGACGCUUCACUUUCUUAAAUGCACGAUGGACAGAUGUUACAGAUCGUAUAUACAAACGCUAUAGACAUUUACAAAAUGUUAGUUAUGAGUACGGGGAAUUUCGUGCUUUAGUGGCACAGGAAAGUGAUUGGUUGUAUAAGUUAAACAAGCGAUUAAAAAAAUCGCCUAAAACUGCUGCAGACGCGGAAGAAAUUUUGGAAGAGCUGGAUUGUAAAAAAAUGGCAAAAUAUGUGUUAUUUGUAUGCAAUCACCAUAAAUAUCACGUGAGAAGUAAAAAAUUGAGGAAAAUGACUGUUAAAUGUGACAGAAAUCGUAAAAAAAAUGUUUUUUACGUGUAAUUGCACAAAAUAAAAAUAAAGUCCAUCUUUCUGAAGUUGCUAAAAACUUAAAUACAAAUAAUCCAUGUAUUGUUUUGGAAAAUGUAAAAUUAGUGGCCAAUAAC